AUGAAAAGAGGUCGCCAUCAUCUUACAAAAGAGGUCUCGCUCUCUCUCUCUUACAAAAUCCUCCCCCAAGAUAAAAGGAAAGGAUGCUUAAACCAUAAGAAAGUCCUCUUUCAAUUUUGGUCUUCAUAAUAUCUGCUUUGCUUUUCUAGUUUCUAUUCUGCUGGCUUGGUUUCUGGAAAUUUCUUGUUGUUCGUCAGCUUAGUUUCCGACUGUAGACUCUGCAGAUAUCUUUGUUUUCUGCCAGCAUAAAUUGUAAUUGACUAUGUAAUUUUUCAAAUCUUAUAAUAUUAUCAGAUGACAAAAAAAAAAGAAAAAAAAACAUAAGAAAGCCAAAUCUCAAAUCUCUCUCUCUCCUUUUCUUAAUUGGAUGGGGGAUUUAUUAAAGGAAACCAUUUUUUACAGAUAAAAAUAAAAUAAAAAAUAAAAAAGGAAAGGUUUUAAUAACCAACCAGAUGAUGAUGAUUUGAAGAAAACCCUCCCUCCCUCUCUGUUUCUUUCUUCUAAUUUCUUCUUUUUCUCUACAUUUCCUCAUCUGGGUAGAUUUGAAGAUCACCCAAAAUUCGCUACUAUUUUGAUUAGGACAACAACACAAUAUGUAUUUGAUUCCUCCGUCUUAGUAGAUUUGCAGACAACAACAAACAACAACAACAAAUAUAAAAAAGAGCUAAAAAAAAAAAUAUGGAAUCGGAUCUGGGGAAGCUCUUCGUUGGUGGGAUUUCCUGGGAUACAGAUGAAGAAAGGUUAAGAGACUAUUUUAGCAACUACGGUGAUGUUGUUGAAGCUGUGAUCAUGAGAGACCGUGCCACUGGCCGUGCUCGUGGCUUUGGUUUCAUUGUUUUCUCUGAUCCUUGUGUUGCUGAGAGAGUCAUCAUGCUCGACAAACACAUCAUCGAUGGCCGCACGGUUGAGGCGAAGAAGGCCGUGCCUCGAGAUGAUCAGCAGCAGGUGUUAAAACGACACGCUAGUCCUAACCACCUUAUGUUGUCACCUGUCCAUGGUGGUGGUGGUGCAAGGGCAAAGAAGAUCUUUGUUGGAGGUUUACCGUCCAGCAUUACCGAGGAAGAGUUCAAGAACUACUUUGAUCAGUUUGGUACUAUUGCUGAUGUUGUGGUUAUGUAUGAUCAUAACACGCAGAGGCCAAGAGGGUUUGGCUUCAUUACUUUUGAUUCAGAUGAUGCUGUUGAUAGAGUUCUUCUCAAGACCUUUCAUGAGCUCAAUGGAAAACUAGUCGAGGUCAAAAGAGCGGUACCUAAGGAGAUUUCCCCUCCUGCUUCUAGUAACCGAAGCCCGCUUCCUCUCGGUGUUAACUAUGGUGGUGGCUUGUCUAAUAGGAUGUCUGCUAAUAGCUACUUUAACAACUUUGCUCCUGGUCCUUGUUUUUAUAACAAUCUAGGUGGCUCUGUUGGUGGUCGGUUUAGUCCUGUUAUUGGUAGUGGUAGACAUGCGUCUUCUUCUUUUGGCCUCGGUUUGAAUUUGAAUCCUAGCUAUGAUGGGACUACUUCUACAUUUGGUUAUAACCGGGUUCCAAGCAACCCUUACUUCAACGGUGCUUCCCCAAACCGUUACACCUCUCCAAUCGGGCACAAUAGAACUGAUUCUCCUUACAAUUCUAACAAUAGAGGCUUAUGGGGAAACAGAACCGAUACUGCAGGUCCCGGUUGGAACUUGAAUGAAAACAACAGAGGAAACUGGGGACUUCCUUCUUCUUCUUCUUCUGCUGUUGCUAAUGAUAACAGUGGCGGCUAUGGAAGAAACUUUGGGACAGGUUCUGGACUUACCUCGUCCCAAUUUAACGGUUUUGAAGGUUCUAUAGGGGAAUUGUACAGAGGGAGCUCGGUUUACAGCGACUCAACGUGGCAGCAACAGCAACAGCAGCAGCUACCAUCUCAGUCUUCUCACGAGCUAGACAAUUUGUCUCGCUCUUACGGCUAUGACAUUGACAAUGUAGGUUCAGACCCAUCUGCAAAUGACUCAGAAGGAUACAAUGGAAGCUACAAUGUUGGUAGUAGACAAACUAAUAGAGGUAUUGAGGCAUAGGUUAUCAAAAACCAAGAAAACAUGAAAAAAGAAUUUGAGAGAGAUUUGUAGAUUGAAAAGCAACCAAUUUCAGUUGCAGAGUGUGAAGAGGUUCUUCUCAUGACAAAGAAACCAACUUUGUUGAUCAGACAGCGUGAGUCCUUUGCCAAAGAUUCUGGUUUUGCUUUCUCUUUGUUAGACCAAAAGAAUACCAAAAGAGAAAACAAAGAACAGUUUUUUAUAUAUUUCUUAUUGCAUAUAAGAUCAGAGAUCAUAGCAGCCAAAGAUAUUACAAGAUGGAUGAAGAUUUGGUUUCAAAGUUCUUCUCAAACACUUUUUUAUUUCUUUCAUAGAAAUAACCAAACAAAGAUCGUAGAAUUUUCGAUCAAAAGAUUCUUCAGAGUUCUGUGCUCUGUUUUGUAAUUUUACUUACCUUUUUUUUUUUUUCUUUUUUU